ACCGGCAGAACCUCAAAACACAGCUGGGCUCAAAUGAUCUCCCCAGCCUAGAGGGUUUCUGUCCCCAUCGGACACUCCGCGCGGGGUCCGGUGAGGGAACAGUAAGGACCCCCAGACGGGUUCUCCGAGCUGGACGCAGGGGUUCCCCUUGGGGAAAUUCUCUCUGCGUCCUCCAUGGGGAGCCGACCCUCCCCUGGCCCCGAAAGAACUACUUCAGCUGGUUGCCGACCCCCCGUUAUCAGGCCACCAGCCUCGGUCUCCGCGGCUGCCCGUAGUAGUCCAGCUGCAACCAGAGGCUUUGCUGGCGGCUGCCGGGCUCCCGGGGAGGCCCCGGGCGUGCAGCGAGACCAGCUGUGGCGAGAGCUGGUGGCAGCGGAGCAGCGAAGCCAGCGGCGCUGGGCUGAAAACUGGGGUUUCCUGAGAGACUAUGACCCAAUGGGCAAUAAGAAGGAACCAGAGAAGCUACCCACAGAAGUGCCUCUCUUCUCUGACGCAGUCCCGAGCUCCUCCAGCCGGGUGGUGGGCAGCAGGGUAGACACGCCCCUGGGGAGAGCUCUCACCCACAUGGACUUCUUCUUCAUGGAAGGGACUCGGAAGAGAAAGCCAGAGGACGAGCUGCAGCCCGCGUAGCCAGAGGCCUUGGGCCCCCACAGGUGGGUGUGGGUGGAGGGACAUGCUGGGCUGGGACUGGCUCCUUCAGAACUGGCAGCCUUCAGAGGGUGCCCUUGUCCCUGUCCCACACGAGGGAAAGAAGACUCCAGAAACUGUCCAGGGCCACAGAGCCCCAGCUCUUCCAUUUCAGUAAUGUGGUGGGCAUCGAAAAGGAGCCCUGUGUUGGGUCAGAAGCAUGGCAGCUGGGUCCAGUCCUGCCCUCUGCAGUAUAACCUUGGGCAGGUUGCUCAUAGCCUCCAUGUCUCAGUUGUCCUGCCUUCACCCUCAGUCAGCGAAGUCCUAAGUACUCAGCCCGUUACAGGGUUGCUUGCUUAAAGAAAGUCUCAUGGGCCAGACAUGGUGGCUCCUGUCCACAAAUCUAGCACUCGGGAGGCAGAGGUAAGGGAUCAUUGGGAGUUCAAGGCUAGUCUGGUCUACAUGGUGAACUUGAUGCUGGUCAUAGCUACAUAUCAAGAAGGGAAAACUCUAUUUCAAAAUCACCCCCCAAGUCCAAACAAUCAUCAGCAUCAUCAGCAUCCUCACCAUCAUCUCUGGACCCCGAAGAAAGGAAAACCAGGCUAAAGAGAUGGCUUAGUUGUUAAGGCACUUGCCUGAAAAGCCAAAGGAGCCAGGUUCAAUUCCCCAGGACCCAUGUAUGCCAGAUGCACAAGGUGGUGCAUGCACCUG